GGCGGCGGCGGCGGCGGCGGCUGUGGAGGUGACGGCGGGGCCGGGGCAGGGAGCUUUGGCGACGGGGACGGAGCAGCCAUGAGGGCCGGGCCCAGUCACCGACAUGUGAGUGACUGCUUCAUGUUAUGUUGAUGCUGGUCUGCCAUGCUAGCCUGUCUGCCUGGGCCAAGUGACCUGUCCUUUCAGCUUCUCUCUCACACGCAGAUGAACACUGGACUUCAGAAAUGGGACACUACACAGAAAAUGAGAACUGCUCACUACCCCACCCCAGCCGAAUUGGAUGCGUAUGCUAAGAAGGUCGCCAACAACCCACUGACUAUAAAAAUCUUCCCCAACAGCGUAAAGGUUCCCCAGCGGAAACACAUUCGUCGUACUGUGAACGGACUCGACACAUCGACCCAACGCUACAGCCCUUACCCGGCCCAGGCCACUGCCAAGGCCGGCCUGCUUGCCAUCGUCAAAGUGCCGGCCAAAAGCAUUGUCAAAGACUUUGACGGCUCCCGUGCCCGACUGCUCCCAGAGGCCAUCAUGAACCCCCCAUCGGCCCCAUAUGCCGCACCUAGCACUUUAACCCAUCCCCAGGCCCAGGCCCUGGCCCGCCAACAGGCCCUACAACACGCACAGACACUGGCUCAUGCCCCACCCCAGACGCUGCCACACCCUCAGGGUAUCCCACAGUCCCAGGCACUGUCCCAUUCCCAGAGCCUCCAGCAGAGCCUGGGCCACCCUCAGCCUAUGGCCCAGACCCAGGGUUUGGCCCACCCCACAACCAUGGCUCACCAGGGCCUGCAACACCCCCCCAAUCCCUUGCUGCAGCCAGGUUUGCAUGGAGGCCGGAAGAUGCCAGACGCAGACGCCCCACCGAAUGUGACCGUGUCUACCUCAACCAUUCCCCUCUCCAUGGCAGCCACUCUGCAGCAGACCCAGCCCCCGGACCUGAGCAGCAUCGUACACCAGAUCAACCAGUUUUGCCAGACGAGGGCAGGCAUCAGCACUACCUCAGUGUGUGAGGGGCAGAUCGCCAACCCCAGCCCCAUCAGCCGCAGCCUGCUUAUUAAUGCGAGCACUCGCGUGUCUACCCACAGUGUCCCUACUCCGAUGCCUUCCUGUGUGGUCAACCCUGUGGAGCACACUGUGGCCACAGCAAUGCCCACCACUGGUGCUGUCAACCUGCCUAUGGUGGGCAUCAAUCGGGCCACAGCAGGCUACCCCAGUGACCUCAAGCCAGUGGCCUGGAACCAGCACCAGUUAGCCCACUUGCAGCAAAUGUGCAGUGAGGCUGGUGGCAGCUCUGCCAGUGGCCUGGCAAGCAAGCUUCCUUCGGGGAGAGAAAUGGCAGGGCCAGGUUUUACAGGCAAGGUGCCCAGUUACCCACAAGAACUUUGCAUGGGCCAGCCCUUCCACCUGAAACCGCCCUUGGAGAAGCCAACCCCAUCCCCGCCUGUCAAUGGCCCAGCGGCCCCACUGGCCUACCCCAAUGGGCACUAUUUCCAACCCUUGUGGAACAACAUUCUGCCCACACCUAACAGCGACAGCUCCGGGUCACAGGACCUCACCAUGCCCUUCCACGGUGGGCAGCCUACAGGCGCACCCCUCGACUGUGCUGCUGCUGGGGCCCACUACCGUGCGGGUACCGGGGCCAGCACAGUGCCUGGCCAGAAUAACUUGAUGCAAACAGUGGAUUACCUAAGUGGGGACUUCCAGCAGGCCUGCUUCCGUGAGCAAAGCCUGGCUAUGCUGAGCAAGGCCCACCGCCCCCCGGGCAACCGGGCCCCUGAACCUACAGAUAGUCGGAAUCUUCAUAUUCAGCACCCUGGCUAUAGAUAGGUGCCAUUGUUCUCAAGACACAGAACACACAACACACACAGACACAGACACACAGACACACACACAUAGGUUUAGUCUUAAUUUUGAGCAAAUUGUUUUUAACUUUCAGAACUCCUUGGUGAUCUUUCUACUUCACUCUCCUAGGGAGCACUCCUGUCAUCUAUCAGUGUGGGCACUUUGUCCUUCACCUUCCGGCACACUCCCCACAGCAUCAGCUUUUAGUGUCAGAACAUCUCCAAACCAGGCUUUCCAUGGUCUCACUACCCAAGCUCCCUGGGCUUUCUCCACACGCCUUAGCUUGUCCUCUCUUCCUCCUGGUCACACAGUAAGCCCAGCUGUCUUGUUUUAGCCGCUUUCGACCACCUGUCCUAUUUCUACUCUUCACAUUCUUUAAUAGUGGUGCCCACUGAGGGAAGGGCCAUAGAGCUACAGUGGCCCCCUGGACCCAAAAUUUCUGAGCUUGGCCUCUUUCUGCUUCCCUUUCCCCUUUGGAAUUGACUGGCAUUCUCAGACCUCGAUUACUGUUAGCCCUCCGCUUAGACCCUCAGAAAACUCCAUAACAUCUCACCCCAAUCCGUGAUUCCGGUUUGACUUGGGAGGUCUUUACCUGGGCCUGUAGUGGGUUGAUCACCACACACAGGAGGUGUUCAAACAUUGCCCGGGAAGGACCCCAAAUUUACGACCUUCCAAAAUCUGGUCUUACUGAUAUUUUUGUGCCUGACGCCCUCCCUGUCCCUUCUCAAGAGCAAUGGAUGCAGACCCCUCCCCAGCCUGCUGACCUAAUUUCACACACACCCUCCUCACUGGGAUGAAGGAUGAUCACACUGGAGUUUGAAGUUAAAAACAACCUCCCCCACCCCAAUUUAAAAAAAGUAAAAUGCAUUUGGUUCUUUCUCUGUCCACUGGCUAAGACUACUGCUCUACACUGUAAGUUUUAAUGUACUAUUUUGUAUGAAUGUAGUGUGGGUUUGAGUAGCGUUGUGUGUGAGUGGCCCCGAGGGCACAUCCACCCACUAGCCACCUCUUGUCAGCCCCUCAGCUUAAAGAAGGAAAAGAAAAAAAACAAAAACAAAACACAAAGCCUUAAGCUCUGAACUCUUUCUUUACCAAACAGGAGCAUGGUUUUAGUAUCUGGAGACCUACCGAUUUCGGAAACGACCUUCCCUUGCCCCUCACCACCUCUAGCACACACACUCAACACACACACACACACUCACACGCACACAUAAACACACUCACCUUUUGCGAUCAAGUAGCUUCUAGUUGUUUAAAGACUGAAAAUGUUUUCAGUCACUGAAAACGUAGAUGACAUUUCUUUGUAACAAUUUACUUCUUUCUCUCCCCACCCCCAGCCCCUCCUUUGAGUUGUAGUCACAAAGUUGGUCUGUAAUUGUUUUUCUUUUCCCUCCCAUUUCUUUUCGAGUUUCUGAGUUUAGCCAUGUACCACACAGACCCUCUUCCCUGUCCCUUCCCUCCCCUGCUUCCUUACUCCUGCAUCUCGGGGUCAAUGUGAGCUGAUGAUGUCCUUAUUUAAGAUUUGAGGGUUUGGGUCUGCUACCCACUGUUGUUUAGCAAGAAACUCCUUUAGUGAGCUGAAGCGAUGUGACAGAAGACUGGUUUUUUAAAUUAUGUGUUGGCGAGUUGCCUUAUAUUUAAGAAAAGAAAAAAAGAAAAAAAUGCCUGAUUGUGUUAUGCCAAAUGAUGAUAGCAACAUGACGUCCUAAUUUAUUGUUUCUGAUUGUUCUCCUGCAGUCUGUGUGAAAACUGGUAAAGGCCCCUCAGGGCCCACAGGAGCACUGGAGGCUUGUCUUCUGCCAUCUUUUCCAAGGUGUCUCCCUCUUCUCCCCUCUCUUCCUCCUUUAUCCUCUGCCCUCCCUUUCUCUCCCAAUGCCCCUCUGCCCCCCCCCCAAACUAUUCUCUGUCAAAGCCAGGUUUGUGUCCCCUCCCUCCCCCAGUUUCCCUUAGGCAAGCAAGACCUUUCUAGAAGUUAAGCAAGAAACUUUUUCACCUCUCCCUCCUCCUUUCCCUCCUGGCCAGAACAGCAGUGACUCUCUCCAGGCUCACACCCAUUUUUAAAGAAAUCAGACUGGAACUGAUCUCUUGGGCAUGAAAGCCAAACCGUCCAACUCAAGGCCUUUUCCUGGUGCAGGGAUGCAGGGGGCUGAACCACUUGGCUCCUCCGGUGUCUAUGGAUCAUGUACUGUGAACCCCCGGCCCCUCCUCCAGCCCCUUUGUUGGGGAUCUCUUCCCCCACCCCCACCCCCACCCCACCAGCAAUAAGGGUCCAACAUGAGGCUGCCUCACACCCACCCUGCCCUGGCCCAGGGAGAAAUGGGCUCCCCACCCAUGUUCAUAAACUGUAGCAUUAUCUGCUUCCUUCACCCUGCCCCCUUCACCUGGGGUGAUAGAUGGGGGUGAGGGGGAGGGACUUCUUAUGACUAGGAACAAUCUAGCCUUCUGACCUUGUACUAUUUAUUUAAUGCUGUGAAUGUUCGAGGUGGAUUUGACUUUCUGGUUAGAACAGUUUCCAAUAAGUCGUGUUUGUAGUCAGUUCAGGAAGAGGUUCCUCUGGAGAUAGCCUGGGCUGCCUCUUUCCUUUGGAGGGGGAGGACCUCAGAUUUCAGUUCCGUCUUUUUGCCUCUUCCACACAGACCCCUUUUUGUCCCACAACUACUGACAGCUCCAGCCACCGGGGAGCCACAGCCAGGGCAGAUAGAACUUCCCCUGAUGGAUGCUGGCCCCCAUCUCCUACCCCCUGUCAGGGCUGUCACUGGGCUUCAUCUAGGGGAAUGAUGGCUGGCUGGAGCCCCUAUCUCCAUUCCAACCCCUGGGCAACUUUGGGGUUCUUGAGGACAGAAGAAAGCCUUGUGCUCACCGCUGGGCAGGCCUCUUGAGGUGGACCCUGUGACAGCUGCUGUAAUCUCAUGAAAACAAACCCCUUCUGGUUAUAUGAAGCUGCUUCUCAUGUGCUACGGGUAUAAACUAGAAAACCUUUUUUUUUUUUAAUUUGUCUGCAGGAAAAUUUGAAAAAAAACUAAUAAAAAAAGCA